GAUGAGUCCGCUGCCCGCCGCUCUGUGACGGAGGAGCCUCAGCAGAACGAACCGUUCACCGGACCGGAAUCUCCUCAGCCCGCGGUGUCCCCAGGUGAGCCAUGCCGUUGGUGAAGCGGAUCAUUGAACCUAGGUAUCUGUGUCGUGGCACUCUGCCUGAUGGGGUCGCCAGUGAGCUGGAGUGUGUCACCAACAGCACCCUGGCUGCUGUCAUCAAACAGCUGGGAGGACUCAGUCGUCACGCGGAGGACAUCUUUGGCGAGCUGUUCACGGAGGCAAACAGUUUCUACCUGAGGAUGAACAGCCUGCAGGAGAGAGUCGACCUGCUGGCAGUGAAGGUCACACAGCUGGACUCCACCGUGGAGGAGGUGUCUCUGCAGGACAUCAACAUGAGGAAGGCUUUCAGGAGCAGCACCAUCCAGGACCAGCAGGUGGUGUCCCGGAGCUCCAUCCUCAACCCGGUGCUGGAGAUGUACCAACGCUGCGACAAACCCCCACCCCUCAACAUCCUGACCCCCUACAGGGAUGAUAAGAAGGACGGUCUGAAGUUCUACACCGACCCAUCGUAUUUCUUCAACCUGUGGAAGGAGAAGAUGCUGCAGGCGACAGAGAACAAACGCAAAGAGAAGAGACGACACAAGGAGCAGAAACAUGUGGAGGAAUCUUCAGGAAGGGAGGUGAAGAAGGUUCGGAAAGCUCGUAACAGGCGGCAGGAGUGGAACCUGAUGGCAUACGACAAGGAGCUCCGCCCAGACGCUCGAGUGACACCAUCACCUUACCACACGUCUGACGGCUCCAUGUCACCUGACAGGUCAGGGAUGUCAGACGACCCCUCCUUCCCUGCCAGCCCCCACCUACAUGAUGCCCAGGGGCAUGAUGGGAAGGAUCAUGUCACCGCAGCGACCACAGGGACCGGUCAGACUCAGUCGUUGGACCGCGCUCUCCGACCUGCCCCUGGGUCCUCUGCAGUUUCCGCAACGACCACCCGUCAGCACUCCCUGGGCCGUAACCAACCACACCAUCACCACCACCCGCCGCCACACACCGGCUCGGCCAAUCAGAACACAGCACGCACCAACGCCACCAAGGAGGCCAAUGACCACCAGAUCCCCCCAGCCCCUCCCCCGCCCCCCCCUGUCAUGCCAUCAGCGGGACAGAUGGGAUUCAGCUCCACCCACACUGCUGCCAUGGCAACACCGCUGCACCCUGCACCCACCCCUGGUAACCAAGGUGGCUCCGCCCUCUCUCGCCCCUACAGCCCCUCCCCUCCCCCACCUCCCCCAGCUAACUAUGUGCCCUCCCCCUCCCGGGCUGGAGGCCAGGCCCCACCGUCGGCUGCUGCCGCUCCCCCGUUGCCCCCGACAAUGGAUGGCAGGAAGCCACCCGGCGGACCAAACGUGCCGAUGAACGACGCCCGCAGCGACCUGCUGGCUGCCAUACGCAGAGGAAUCCAGCUGAGGAAGGUCCAGGAGCAGCGUGAGCAGGAGGAGGCCAAGAAACGGGAGCCCACAGGAAAUGAUGUCGCCACCAUCCUGUCGCGGCGCAUCGCCGUGGAGUACAGCGAAUCGGAGGAGGAGUCUGAACCCGAGGACCAGGAGUGGUCUGACUGAGGAGGAGGUCUGAUCUGGAUCAGUCCCAAAGCCAGACCGGAAACCAACGGAGGAGACAACCAGUUUUUAAAGUCUGAAAAACAAACAAACACACACUUCAAAACAUUAUUAUCAUCAUUAAUAAAUAUGAUCAGUUGUCACUUACCUCAUUAUGUUCAACCUGCUGGAGGUGGAGCCUGAGUGCCAACAUGUCUGUCCUCUGGACUAGAGUAAGAUCCUGAUCCAGGAUUCAGAGUGUGUGUGUGUGUGUGUGUGUGUGUGUGUGUGUGUGUGUGUGUGUGUGUGUGUGUGUGUUCACAGCGGCACAUAAAGGACGAGGUCUAUACAACCUUUAUAUGAGUUUCCUGUGGCGCCCCCCCAGGACUAACUGAGCAUGCUAAGACUGAAGGAUCAGGAUGUGAUGGUCUCUGUGGCCUGUAGGGGGCAGUGACAGGAAGCUGAUUCAAAUGAAGAAUCAGACUCAGGUCCAACUAACGAAGAGACGUUAACGGGGUCAUUAUGGUCCUGGUUCUCCUGGUUCUCCUGGUUCUCCUGAAGGACGGACUCCAGA